AUGGCUCCGUCUAGCAUGGCACCGCAGGUCCAAUUUGUAUUAUUAUUUAGCCGGCAAGGUAAGUUACGCUUGCAAAAGUGGUUCAAUGCAUCCACGCUGAAAGAGAAGAAAAGGACUGCUCGUGAAUUGAUUACCGCUAUAUUAGCUCGUAAACCCAAAAUGUGUAACUUUUUGGAAUGGAAAGAUUUAAAAGUUGUUUAUAAGCGUUAUGCUAGCCUUUAUUUUUGCUGUGCUAUCGAAGAAAAUGAUAAUGAACUGCUAACCUUAGAGCUCAUUCAUCGUUACGUAGAACUCUUGGAUAAGUACUUUGGCAGCGUGUGCGAAUUAGAUAUUAUUUUUAACUUUGAAAAGGCAUAUUUCAUAUUAGACGAACUAUUAAUUGGUGGCGAUAUUCAGGAAACCAGUAAAAAAAAUGUCUUAAAAGCUGUUUCAGCGCAGGACAUGCUUCAAGAAGAAAAUGAAACACGAAGUGCACUAGAAGAGCUCGGAUUGCCAUCUUAA